AUUUUUGAUUUUGUAAAUUCGGCUCUAGUCUCUCUCUCUUUCUCAUCUCUUCCUCUGCGGACUCUCUCUCUCUCUCUCUCUCUGACCCUUUCCCCCUCCCUGAGUUCCUCUGCGGAGGUCGCCUGGAGAAGCGGGGCGGCCAUGGAGAGGCUAAUUCGCUCGUCCGCCAUCUCGUCCGAGGCGCUAACAAGUCUGCCUUCCGCCUUCUCCUCCUACCGCCUGGCCCCCAGCUCCGCCAGGCUCCGCCUCUCCUCCGGCGCAUUUCGCCCUUCCCCUUCCCGGGAUCUUCUCCCGCCCCGCCUCCUCACCCACCGGGAAUCUUCCGCCUCCUGCAAGAAUUCCUCGAAGUUUGCUGUUAAGGCUGGCGGAAGCAGACCUCCUCCCGCAGAAUUUAGGCUGGAUGCCGCUUGUCGUGAUGAACGGGCGCUGGCGGAGGCUCCACGGAGGUUCUCCUUUGACUUCGUAAGAAAGGCCUCAAAAGUGGGAACUGUUGCAUUUCUGUCGGCCCUAAUUCUGUUCCUGAUACAGCCUGGUUUCACACCACCUGCAUUUGCAACUAUACAAACGGCUACUAAAACAGGAACUUCUGCUGUCGGUACCGUAGUUCGUACUGAGCUACUGAGUAGUGCCUGGACUGGGUUUUUUGCUGGUUGUUUGCACACACUGUCUGGGCCUGAUCAUCUAGCUGCCUUAGCACCUCUUUCAAUUGGAAGAAGUAGGAUGGAAAGUGCUGCAGUUGGAGCCCUUUGGGGAUGUGGCCAUGAUGCAGGGCAGAUGAUAUUUGGCUUGUUGUUUUUGUUACUAAAGGAUCGGUUGCACAUAGAGGUUAUUCGUACAUGGGGUACUCGGGUGGUUGGUAUGACCCUGCUUGUGAUUGGUGCCAUGGGAAUCAGGGAGGCAACCGAGGUCCCUACUCCUUGUGUAGCUCUAGAGAAUGGAGAAUGCAUUGCUGAGGCUAUUGAAACUACUGGCGGAAAGAAGAAGAUUGGUUUGGCCACAUUUGCAACCGGCAUUGUGCACGGUUUGCAGCCUGAUGCCCUGCUGAUGGUGCUGCCUGCUUUGGCUUUGCCAUCAAGGUUAGCUGGUGCUGCUUUUCUGGCUAUGUUCUUAGUUGGGACUGUGGUCGCAAUGGGUAGUUACACUGUUUUCAUAGGUUCAUGUAGUCAGGCCUUGAAGGACAGGGUGCCUAGGAUAACUGAGAAACUCACCUGGGCUUCCUCUCUUGUAGCUAUUUCUCUUGGAGUAGCUAUCAUCGUUAGCCAGUUAUUCGGUUUCAGCCUAUAUUGAUCUUCCUUUCCUUGAUUAAUUUUCUCUCCUUGUUAGUUUAACAAUUCAGAGCUGUCAUCCAGUGAGCCCUUGUACAACAUGAAAAAUUCCACGGGUCACUUGUUCCGGUAUUGGCUACAUCUAUCUGUUUAAACUUUGUCGCUUGCAGGAAAAGAAUAGAAGCUUAUUCGUUUUCUCCUUC